AUGGAAGGGCAGCGGGCUCCACAAAACAACGGCACCACCACCUCCGAUGACAUUGAUCGUGUCGUCUCACCACAUUUGCCGUUGGUACCACCACCAAGCCGCGCCUGCCAUGACAAUAUGUACAUCGUUCAAUUCCCAAAAGAUCAAGUCUACCGUAUUCCGCCAAGUGAGAAUGCAUUGAUUGUUGAACGUUACCGCAAUCCACCACCCAACGAAAAAAAGAAUCAACGUGUUUGUUGUUGUUCUUCUCGUUUAUUGCUCACAAUUGCUAUAAUCCUUGUUACAAUCAUUGCCAUUGUUGGAAUAACAUUAGCCACAUUGUUCAUCAUUUACAAUCCAACGGGACCGAUAUUUACAAUUACAAAUUUUGCGGCGAAAAAUGUUACUAAGCCACCACAUUAUGAAAUUUCUAUGAGGGUGAAGAAUCCAAACACAAGGUUGGGAAUUAUUUAUGAAAGUUCCGAGAUUUCCAUGCUUUUCGACGAAAAUGAGGUUGCCAAGGGAACAUUUCCAAAGUUGUUGGAACAAGGUAAAGAUUCUUCGACACAAUUUAAGGUUAAUGUAACGGGUACGAGUAGAACACUCCCGAAGAAAAAGGGGAACACGCCUAUGGCAUUUGAAUUGGAUAUGAAUCUUGGUGUGAGGGUUGCGGCUUCGGGAAUCGAGACAUGGAUUAUGAAAUCUAAUGUUGUUUGUAAGUUUAAGGUUAACAAUCUUGGGAGUGAUUCACGAAUCUUGUCACAAGUAUGUGAUACACAUUUCAAACAAUAUUGA